AUAAAACUGAUGAUUACACCGAAGUUAUGUAGGUUUUUUCUUUUAAAAUUUUCAUUCAUAAUUAAAAGACGUGAUUAGAAUUUGUUCAGUAUACUUUCUACUUAGAAAUUCUACUUAUAAUUAAUCACGUUUCAAAAAAUUAAAAGUAUCACUGUUUUUUAAAGUUGCAUAACUUUAUCUUCUCACAAAAGUAUAUUAAUUAGACAAAAGUAGAUACAUUUUACACUAGAACAAAAAUAUUCAUCAUGUUGAUACGAUUGAAUUUACUCGUCAUAUUGGUGCUACUUCACUUAAUCUUGUGUUUAUCUGAGAUAAAAACCCAAAAUCCCGAAGUCAGUGACAUCCGUCUACCUCAAGGAAUAGAUUCCAGCUCCAGUCGAUCAUUGUAUGGAAGAUAUUCACAGAGGAAUUGUUUACUGUUAUAUACUGGAAUAUAUCAACAAGGUUAUAGGAUGGAAGUGUGUUACAGUACUGGACAGUUAACACUAUAUCAAAUGUGGAAUACACAAUCUAUAUGUGCUCCUUGGGGUUCAUGGUAUGGAUAUCCAAUCUAUUGGCUGGUAUACGAACGACCUCAAUUCACCGGUUCAUAUAUUUACUUCACCCCAGGUGCAUGCGUGGAUAAUAUAAGGCAAUAUGGAUUGCAAUCAGUGUCAUCUGUACUUCUAUGCCUCCAGAUAUCUUCGUAUCAAUCCUACAACUAUUACCCUCAAUUGACUUGUUACUAUCCACAACAGUCAUGGAGACAGUACACUCCAAUAUCGAGUAUGAAUAGUGGUAAUUCUCAAGCAUUCCCAAUAGCACUUGCUCAAAAAAGUUUAAAUAAUCAAACUAAUGGAUAAAUGUCAACUCCGAGUAUGAAUGAGUCAGAAGGAGAAGAGAGUUUAGAUGAUGAGGACUCUGAAUAAAAAUUUUGUAACCAUGUUUCUUUCCACAAAAGUUCGUUUUUAAGAAAGUCUAUUUUUUUUAAGUGAGUGGUGUAGAUUAAUUUAAGUAGACGAAUAAAAUUCCCCAUGGUUUUACGU